AUGGCAGAGCAUUGGAGGCAUUUGAAUCGGCUUCAAGAUGUAGAUUUUGAAAAUGACAGCUUUAUUUCAAUUGCAGAAACGGUAUACUAUCAACUUAAGGAUCGCUAUAGUGAAUGGAUUUUUAAUACCUGUAAUUUAACACAUGUUCUUCGAGCUAUUCUGACACACACAUCUUUAUCAAUAUCAGACUCUAUCCCUGGAACUUUGCAUGUCCAUAUAUCUGGUUGUGGUACAUCGAAUGAUAAGAUUUUAUCUACUUGGAAUUUUAAGUAUUAUAGAGAACAUCAAGUCAUCGGAGACCCAACCAUUCCUCCUAUUGCCAAUAUUGGCAACAUUUCGAACACUUAUUGCAUCCUUCCGUGUUAUCAACCAAUAAAGCUACGAGAUAUUCAUGCUGGAGCGGAUCAUAACUUUAGUGCAUUAUUAUCACUAGAGAAGACUAUUCAACGAGAAAUUACCAAAUCAAGCCCCUAUUCCAACAAUGGAAAGUUAAUUUGUGAUAAUCACGAAAUUGAUCUUAAAAAUACAUUAUUAAUGGAUCAAGUGCUCCUUACGGAGACUCAUUUUGCCCAAUUUAUUUGGAGAACUCUCCUCGGAAAGUUCCUAAAAUCAAAAGCAGUGACUCAAGAAAUUUUGAUGAAGAGUAUAAGAAAGUAG